AAUUUACAUAAAAUCCCUAGCGCGUUCAUGAUUGCUCCGAGUUGGCAGUCCUACUUUCGAUGAAUUUAGUUCGAGUUUUCAGCUCUCGCACUUUUGCUACAACUUUCGCUAGAAUGGCGAGCGAGGUAGACAAGGCUCAAACUGCCUCGGCAAGCGAAGACACCAUUUUCGGAAAGAUUCUACGCAAGGAGAUACCAUGCAAAUUUAUACACGAGGAUGACAAGUGCGUGGCCUUCCAUGAUGUGGCCCCCCAGGCUCCGACUCAUUUUCUGGUGAUUCCACGCAAACCAAUUGCUCAGCUCUCCCUGGCGGAAGAUGGCGAUAGCGAGCUGCUGGGACACCUCAUGCUCGUGGGCCGCAAGGUGGCCAAUGACCUGGGCCUGAAGAAGGGCUAUCGCGUCGUCAUUAACAAUGGACAAGACGGAGCCCAGUCGGUUUACCAUUUGCAUUUGCACUUUCUCGGCGGUCGUCAAAUGCAGUGGCCCCCUGGCUAAGAAGCUGCCCCCGAUGGCGUUCCAAUCUAAGCCAAAAGCUUCAAUCAAAUAAACAUAAAAUCUACUAAAUAUACAUCUUUUAUGGCACAAA